AUUAUGUUGUUUCUUUCCGGAGUAGUUUGUUUCGUGCACAACAUCACAGAGGCAACAUUCAAAAUGGCAGUUACUCUCCACACAGAUCUAGGAGAUCUUAAGAUCGAGCUGUUCUGUGAACGCGCUCCCAGAUCUUGUGAGAACUUCCUGGCUUUGUGUGCAAGCGGCUACUACAAUGGCUGCGCCUUUCAUCGAAAUAUAAAAGGCUUCAUGGUUCAAACUGGAGACCCAACAGGUACAGGUAAAGGAGGAACGAGCAUAUGGGGUCGCAAGUUCGAAGAUGAGUUCAGUGAGCACUUAAAGCACAAUGUCAGAGGAGUGGUGUCAAUGGCAAAUAAUGGCCCGAACACCAAUGGUUCCCAGUUUUUCUUCACAUAUGCCAAACAACCUCACCUGGACAUGAAGUACACAGUGUUUGGAAAGAUCAUUGAUGGCUUAGAAACGCUUGAUGAGCUGGAGAAGCUGCCGGUGAACGAGAAGACGUUCCGUCCACUUACUGAGAGCCGGAUAAAGGAUGUGACUAUCCAUGCUAACCCAUUUGCUGGAUAGACAUCUUUCAUCUCAGAUGUUGUUUUUUUGUUGUUGUUUCAGUGAGGCAGAAGAUGCAGUGCCUUGACAAUGUUUAAGUGAAUUGGUUUUCACAGGGAGACGAGAAACUGGAGCAAAUACACCCAAUGGGAAAGAACCAACUAUG